AUGUUUACAGGCGCCAACUUCUCCGCAUUUCCAUUUAUCCAAUACUUGACACAGCCUCCCUCGCUGACAGUGAAGCCGAGACCGCAGCAGGCGAAGAGCAACGGCGUGGCGUCUUUCUACUGUGGCGCCCGCGGUGAUCCUCGACCGACCAUCUACUGGCGGAAGAAUUUGAAAAAGGUGUCGACGUCGCUGAGCAGGUACGAGAUCGUUGACAAGGUGGUUGGCGACAGCGAGACUGGCUCGGUGUUGCGAAUUGAGCCGACUCGGGCGCCCCGGGACAACGCGGUCUAUGAGUGUUUCGCCGAGAACGGCGUGGGGGACGCAGUCAGCGCGAACGCCAAGCUAGAAGUGUACGAUGGUGAGUGA